CCAAUAAAGGUUGGGAAACGCUGUUUUAGAGCCAUUCCGGCAUGUGCAAAACAGAAAAUAUGCAUGGAAGUGGAUAGUGUCGAAUCUCUACAGAGUGGUGCCGGUCUCAAUACUACAACAAAUUACCAUCUACCAGUACCGAACAAGAACGAAAUGAUGCUGAUAAUAGACGAAAAGAUAACAAAGGCCAUUGGGAAAUUACGGACCGAGAUCAUUAAUGUGGAAUCAAGAUUAUAUGCCAACCAACUUAAAACUGCUGCAAACAUAACAGCUAUAUUUGCUGAAGAGAUGAUGGAAUUGAAAGCGGAAAUUAUGCCUUUAAUGAAAUUUGGAAAGAGUUACUGUCAUGUAAUUCAUGGCGAAGGAUGUUAUUGGUUGGAACUUCACACAAAAUCUGAUUUAAUAAAGCUUACUGAUGCCAAAACAAUUUGUAGAGAAAGGGGUGGAUUUCUUGCAAAUGUAUACAAUCAAGAACAUUACAAUAAGAUGUUGGUGAAAAUUCGUUCAGAAAUGCCGUCAAAUUCUGAACAUGUUUACGUUUGGAUUGGAAUGAGAUUUAACCCACUUACCGGGGACGUCCUAUAUCGCAAUGGUGACGUUGCAACAUAUGCUAACUGGAUAGCUGGAGAAUAUCCAAAACUUGGAACUGAUUUUGCUAAGCGUGUGAAUAUUGACAUAAAAGUAUUCGUGGACCCAAACACGCCAGGGGGCGGAAUGGGAAAUUACGAUGGCUCGGGUGAUGUAGUGACACAUGGCGUAUUUUGUCAAAUUUAACAUAUCUUAUUCCUUUGGCCAUCUAAUUACCAUUGUUGAAGUCAUAAUGUGUUGCACCUUUCAAAGACGGAGAGACUACAAGUAAAAAGUAAUACAGCAUUUCACAACGACAAAUUUUUGAUUCUUUGACAGUUCUCAGCGAUAGACAAGCUAGAUAGCCUACUUAUGAAGAAUGCAAGUUUAUCAUUAUUAUGUUAGAAAUUUAUGUUAGACAAGUUAGAUAGCCUACUCAUGAAGAAUGCAAGUUAAUCAUUAUUAUGUUAGAAAAUUGUCGAAAUAAAAUAAAACAAUAUGUUUCAUUACUG